GCUUUUCGGUCUCGAGUAACUGCUGACAGGGAAGACAGGGAAGACAGGGUAGAUGAAGGAGUGGAACUUUUGGUAGCAGCAUCUGGAACAGAGAAUGGUGAGAUAACAAAGCUGAUCAAAACUCUUAAAACAGAUAGGAGUUUACCUGACGCCAGGCCGAGGAAUUUGAAUAAACUGCAAAAACCGGCCGUUCAAAGUGGACCUCCAGUAAAACCAGAAGACACCAAGCCGCACAUGGAUGAAUCUGAAGUGAGAAACAAGAAAACAGACCAAAUACAAACCAGACCUAAUGUGGAGCAGACAAUACAUGAGGCUGACGCCGGGUCAAGAAAACCUCCUGAUGAGACAACUGUUGAGCCUAUUCCACAGGUGGAAGAAGAAAUCCCGUCUAUAUCUUGUAUUGAAGACAGUUUA